AUGAAAUACUUCAAAACGAUGGAAGACUAUCUCAACGUCAUAUCUGUAUGCAAAAAGUUUCAAGAUAGUCUCUUAAAGUUUCACUUUAACCCAAUACCUAUUACUAGUAAAACAAAGAGACUCUUUCCAAAAAUAGAAACACAAUAUAUGUACAACAAAGAGGAUCUUAAGUUACCAAAAGUUGCUUAUAUAGUGGACUACAUUUCAUAUACAUACAAAGAAACUCUUGUCGACCUUCCAUAUCAGAAAGUUGUAUAUAAAAAUGCCGUCUUUUCAAAUAGAGAUAUGGAGAUGUAUAAAAAGACUCACCCAACCAGUUUAGAGCAUUACUACAUCAAACACUUUAAACUCCCAAAAAGUGUCAGUGGUAUUGGACAAAAUGCUUUAAUUGAAGAAACAAAAAUUGUUGAUAUGAAAUUUCACGAUUCACUCAAAUUUGUUGGUCAACAGGCUUUUGAGGGUUUAUCAAAUUUGCAGACGUUGACUCUCCCAAACUCAGUGACGUCUCUUGGAGAAUUUUUGUGUUAUAAUUGUGUAAAUUUGAAAAUAGUGAAAUUGCCUUUGUAUUUACAAGUCAUACCUUCUUCUUGUUUUGGGUUGUGUUCUUCACUUGAGACUAUUGAAAUACCAGAUUUUGUCACAGAAAUAGGAAGAUGUGCAUUUUUCUCAUGUAGAAGUCUUGCUACUAUCGGCGUUCCCAAAUCAGUUGUAUGUGUUGGGGAAUUUGCUUUCAUGAAUUGCAACACACUGAAUGAACUCAGAUUUUCAAAGAAAUUAAAUUUUGUUGGAAAAGGAGUGUUUUUAAAAUGUUCCAGUCUGGUUCGACUUAAAAUGCCAAAGGAAAGAAUUUUAUCUUGUCUUCAAAUACCAGAUAAUUGUGUUGUUGAUACAAUGUACAAUUAA